UUCUGUGUAUGUAUUGUUGAAUUGUGAUUCCUUUACACUCGAAAUUGAAUUGAUGACCUUUUUUUGCAAUUUCAGGUUUGUUAGACAUUCAUUUUCACUUUUUUUCAUGUUGCGGAGGAAUGUAUAAUUACUGUUGCUCCAGCUCCUAACUCUACAGUGACUUUACAGACCCCUAACUGGUACGAGGGACUGCCAGAAACUGUAUCUGUCUCAUGGUGAUGCCUUCUAAGCAAUUUGGGAAGUUAGCAUUUGCAAAAGACAGAAUGGCCAUUAUAUGUGAAACUGGACGUGCAUUUAUUAACAUAAAGGAACAGAAGUCUGCUGGGCCAGAUAUUGUUUUGAAAGAUUAUGAUACCCUUCCCAGCUCCAUUAAUCUUUUCUAUCCUUUCUGGCUUAACAUCUCUAACUGUAAGCCUAAGGUCUGGUCCAAGAAGCUUCAGAUACAGUUUUCUGUUAUGUUUAUCCAAACUGAAUCAGACCUGACAACAAUAUUAAUUGCAGCUUGUUCUGCUAUUGCAGCAGUUAUUUUCAUUAUUGGAGUAGCUGUUUACUGUGUCAGAAAAAAAGACACUUCUGGUUUGGCCAGUCCAGAGGCAAAUGUGGAUGUGUACCAGCCAUUUCAAGGCCCUAUGGGUGAACCUCCUCCUGUUCCACCACUUAAUCGUAUCAACAAAGAUAAAGGUAAUGAGGAUCCACUUGCCUCUUCCAAGAGACUUGAAUUUUACUCUUUUAAUAAAUCAGGGUUAAAUGAACCUAUAGGACACGAAGACACAAGUCUUGAUAUGGUAAAUGGACAGAAAAAUGGACCUGUGCCAAUGGCAUGAUAGAGAUACGAUUAGUUAUGGAUGUCAGGGCUACAGGGGAGCAAACGAGCAGUAUCUGCUUUAAAG